UGCGAAUGACUUUUCAUCCACUUAUGGUAUCGUACCGUCAAUGGAGGAUGCAUGGAAUGCUGGAAUAUCGCUCAGGACUCGUCCGGAAUUGAUGAACGAGUAUCUUCAGCAAGAUGCUGACGGGCCCUUAUAUGGCAUGUUGCCCUUCGGAGUCGAUGGCGCAGAAUCGUGAGUAGCCUACUAUAUUCAGAAUGCACCAACGGUAGGACAUCUGACACGGUUCUCGCAGCGCUCCUACUGCAGUACCUGUCUCAAUGUAUCGUGGCCAUAUCACCGCCACGGGAGGGUUCUUGCCCGCUGCCGCGCAUCAGGUGCCAUUCGUCCCACCUCCAUCACCAGGCCGUUCAUCAGACCCAUCGAACGAGCAGACAUUUGCGGGAGUAGGGGUGCCAUGUCGCUGGGGAACCCCUUGCGGCAUGCUUCUCACAGACGUCUCUCAUGCUGGUGUUCAAAAGCACCUCAGCAGCAAUCAUGUUCUUCCUCUGUGCAACCCAGGUGAGCAUCGCCCCCGCGGUACCUGCGAAUGGUACCCAGAAAGGGGCGUGAAAUGCGGGAGGGAGAUGUAUCAAAACCAAUAUGGGCGGCACGUAGCCACCGUGCAUUUGGAAUGCAACCGGUGCAAGUGCGAAAGAUGUGGCGCCAAGUUCACUCGAAUUGAUGGACUCGCAAGACACAGCAAGACUUGUCGACCAUCGUGAACAUGCCAAGUUCAGACACGAAUCAGUGUAAUAUCACAGAAGGCCACUGCCGGUGGACGUAUGCU